AUGAAAAAAAUGAAUCUCAGCAUUCUAAGUUUAAGCGAAACUCGGUGGAAGAAAUCAGGUGUCAUUACCUUUGAAGAAGGCAAAUUCAUCUACUCUGACGGUGAUUCACACAAACGAAAAAAAAAUGGCCUCACAGAAUCAGCAAGAGAAGUUUUACUGAUGAAGGAGCAAGGAAGAAGUCAGAAAUGGAUAAUAGAUGACAUCGUAUUUCUAAUGGAUGAUCGGAGGAAAGUAAAAGGUUGCAAUCUUGAUAGUUACAAAAAGCUGGACAAAACAAUCAAAAAAAUGUUUUUAGAGACAAAGGAGAAAUGGUUAAAUGACAAGUGCAAAAUCAUUGAAAAGAUCAAAAACAGUAAUACUAGUGCAAUGGAUAAAAUAUCAAAGAAAUCACUUAAAAAAGGGCAUGUACCGUUUCUGGAUGCAUAA